AAAGGCAAGAAGGAUGACAAUGGCAUCGGCACAGCCAUUGAUUUUGUGCUCUCCAAUGCCCGGCUGGUGCUGGGUGUGGGUGGAGCAGCCAUGUUGGGCAUUGCCACCCUGGCAGUUAAGCGGGGGAGGAGAAGUGUCGGGAAGGAGACAGAAGGAGGAGGGCUGGUAUAUGUCCUGGGUCCUCUCUGGUGUUGCAGAUGUAUGAUCGGGCAAUCAGUGCCCCUACCAGCCCCACCCGCCUGAGCCAUUCAGGAAAGAGGAGCUGGGAAGAGCCAAACUGGAUGGGCUCCCCUCGACUGUUGAACAAGGACAUGAAAACAGGCCUGAGCCGGUCUCUGCAGACUCUUCCCACAGACUCCUCUGCCUUUGACACAGAUACAUUCUGCCCACCCCGGCCCAAACCACUUCCCAGGAGGGGCCAGGUAGACUUGAAGAAGUCACGACUCCGCAUGUCCCUGCAGGAGAAACUUCUUUCUUACUACCGGAACCGGGCAGCCAUCCCUGCUGGAGAGCAGGCUCGGGCCAAGCAAGCUGCGGUGGACAUAUGUGCUGAGCUCCGGAGCUUCCUGCGGGCCAAGCUGCCUGAUAUGCCACUUCGGGACAUGUAUUUAAGUGGCAGCCUCUAUGAUGAUCUGCAGGUGGUGACAGCUGACCACAUCCAACUCAUUGUCCCUCUUGUGCUGGAGCAGAACCUGUGGUCAUGUAUACCUGGCGAGGACACUAUCAUGAAUGUUCCUGGAUUCUUCCUGGUCCGUCGUGAGAACCCAGAGUACUUUCCUCGUGGUAGCAGUUAUUGGGACCGCUGUGUUGUAGGUGGCUACCUCUCCCCAAAGACAGUGGCAGACACGUUUGAGAAGGUAGUGGCAGGCUCUAUUAACUGGCCAGCCAUAGGGUCCCUCUUGGACUAUGUGAUCCGACCAGCACCACCCCCAGAGGCCCUGACACUAGAAGUGCAGUAUGAGAGGGACAAACAUCUUGUCAUUGACUUCCUGCCAUCAGUGACCCUUGGUGACACUGUCUUGGUGGCCAGACCACACCGCUUAGCUCAGUAUGACAACAUGUGGCGGCUGAGCUUGCGUCCUGCUGAGACGGCACGCUUACGGGCUUUGGACCAGGCUGACUCAGGCUGCCGAUCUCUGUGCCUCAAGAUACUCAAGGCCAUAUGCAAGUCCACUCCAGCUCUGGGCCACCUUACUGCCAGCCAACUAACCAAUGUCAUCCUCCACUUGGCCCAGGAGGAGGCUGACUGGUCUUCAGACAUGCUGGCUGACCGCUUUCUGCAGGCCCUGCGGGGACUCAUCAGCUACUUGGAGGCUGGAGUCUUGCCCAGUGCUCUGAACCCCAAGGUGAACCUAUUUGCAGAGCUCACCCCUCAAGAAAUAGACGAAUUGGGAUAUACUCUCUACUGCUCGUUGUCUGAGCCAGAGGUGCUGCUGCAGACGUAGGGCAGGUGAAGGCUGGAGUGGGCAUCGGGUGAUCAGGCCCAGAGUCUCUGUUAGAAACACUUGGCUACAUGGUUGGUGCCUCACAGGGUCCCUAGGUGCCUCCUGUUUUGCUGGUCAUUGUCCUGGUCAAUUCAUGCUGAUUAGAAUGACAUCCCUUUGGUUUUCCCACCCAACCCUAUUUUUGUUACCAAACACUGUGCUCCCUACUGCCUCCUUGCUCUAGGCUGAUUUUUCUGGAACGAACAGAGAAGGUGGAGUGCUGGCCUCAGCUGUUGGGUGUUUUUUGGUUUUUUUUGGUUUUUUUUUUGCCCGAAAAUUCUUGCUUUCCUAUCUGCUCUGCACUGUUCUGCCCUUUGGCCUCUUAUUUGCUGUCUUCUCUGUCUUUCCUUUUCUUGGUCACACCUCUUUUGCUCUUGCACCUGGAGCACAUCUGCCUAUUGAAGAUGUCACAGAAGAGCUGAUUGCAUGUUUCCAAGCUGAGCUCUGCAGAGUAAUGAGACAGUACAGUAUUUGGGUUUCCGGGGAGGCUGGCGGAGAGUCUCUGUCCUGGCAAAUCAGCCUUUGGUUCUGCUUCCUGGAAAGCAAGCUCCUUUCCCCUCCCCCAAGCAGCUCCUGUUUAUCUGCUAGGAAUUUUUCACCUGGGAAUGGUACAUAGAGGAAGAACCAAUGCAGUUAUUUAUUGGAGACUUUUUUUUUAUGGCUAUCAGUGGGAUCACAGGGGGAGGGGCUCUGUUCCUACUGUCUGUGUCUGUCUGUGGUCACAAAAGUCACACAGGUAGUGGGGAAGCUUGGGGGCUUCGCUGACAGUACCUCCAAAGGUGCUGGUUUCCUUUAUUGCCAACAGAAGAAGGCCUUGCUGUAGCAGUAGAGGCCAAGGGAAGGCAAUAGGAGGCUGAGUGUCAGUUGAAACCCAGUAACCAGGUUUUCUUCUCGACAGGCUCUACCUUCUUAAAUGUUGCCUUAGAGCAAGAACACACCCAGGGCCAAUACCCCCCAUCUGACUCCUGUCCCCAUUGAUCUGGAGAGUGUUUGCUGAACACUGUAGGUAUCUCCACAGGCCAGAGGGCACAUGAUCAUGCCAGCCCUUGUCCCUUUCCUAUCUCCUGGGGAGAUUGGUGCUACCUAGGAAGAGGGUACAUAGAUAAGAUACACAGAAAAGAGUUGGGGCUUCCACUUUGCUGCUAAGAUCCCUAUUUAUGGCCGUGUAAUUGUAUCCUAGGGAUGAGGGGAAGGGAGGUGGUUAGUAUAUCCAUUCAUGACAAAAAGCUGACAGUAACUCUGGUUCUGAUUUGCCCAUCUAGCAUUUUGUUCUCCCAUCAAGUCUUUCUAUUUUAACUCUUACUACCUCUCCAUCAGUGUGAUGCACUCUGCAGCUGUGUUGGCCCUUCCUUAUGAGGGUGACAUGAAGUGACUAUAAAUAGCACUGACUCUUCAGCAGCCCACUUGAAAUGAGGGUAGAGAUAGAUAACUUGCCAUUUCCCCCUCCCAUUAGGUUAGGAGGUCCUUUCUGCCUCUUCUCCCAUAUAUCUGACUUCUUCAGGAGUUUCUCUUUGAUUUGUGUAAGACAGUGUGAGAAACUUGAAAACGAUAAAGCCGAGAACCCUAACUGAAACAUGAUGCCCUGGCUGUCUAUAAUAAUGAAAUGGGAGCUGAAGACCGUGUUGCCUGUCGGACUUAGUGGGUGUAGAGGGCUGACAUUGAGGGGUCCAAGGUUCUAGCUGGUGCCUGUUGUUGGGGUGGGGGGGUUGAUAGACUGCUGCAAAACCAGGUUUUGUUUAGGGGUUUCCUGUCAUAAGUAUUAUAAGACUUUUCCAAGCUGUCAUCUCUGAAUCGAUUCCAUUUAAGAUACCGGGAAGAGUGCAAAUGAAACCCCAAACUUGAAAAUGCUCAAGAUUUUAAAUGUCCCAAAUAAUCACAGCCACAUGUCAUUGUGAAUUUAAGAAAACAGUGAAUUUAUCUCCUGUCUUUAGGAGCAGUUUCAACUUUGGACUGUGCUUUGCAAAACCAAAAUCUUGACUUGGCCAUCUUAUACAUCUUAUAUGCGAGAGCCUCUUAAAAGUCCUCAGAACAAGGAGAAAUGGGAACAGCUCUGUCCUGAGGGUUUAUUGAUUAGCUGAGCAGGCCUUCCUCUUUGCUGUCAUUUCCUUUGUCAUAAAGUGGGAGGCGGCCAGAUGCUCUGGGAUGCUCCUAUGGAAGAAGAAAUAUUCUGCCCCUCCUUCUUUGUUGAAAAGACCCAGUGGCUGUGCCACCUCUGCCUUUCUCUUGUGUAACUCCCAAAACUACAUGCUUGACUUGAUGCUGAAGACAGUACUCUUCACCUUAAUAACCAAGCAAGUUCUAAGUUUAUUUUGUUUCUUCUCUGUCGCCCUUUCUCAGAAACGGAAUUCAGGAUAGCAGUAUUUUUCUUCAUAUUAGCUGUUGAGACUUUUUUAAAAAUAAAAGAUGGAAAAACUGU